AUGGUUGGUCCAGUGACAAACGAAGAUUUAUCUACAAGUCCUAAUACAGAUAAUAUUCAACAACAACAACAUUAUCGUCUUCAAUUACUUGCUCAAGCUAUUGAAAAAGUUGAAAACGAAAGUUUACAAAAACCACUUGCUGCUUCAUCACCAUCAAUUAUUUCCAAAAAACAACAACAACAACCAAUUCCAAUUGAUUCUCUUUCCAUGACAUCUUCACAACAACAACAAGAAUUAUUAAUGAAAUUACUUACUCAACAGAAUGUUGCAGCAGUUAUGGCUGCAGCAGCUGCAGCUCAAUUUCAAGUUCAACAACAACAGCAACAAAAACUUGAACCUAUAUCACCACCAUCAACAUCAUCAGCAUCAUCAACAUCUGAAAGUCCAAUAGAUUUUUCUUCACAUCGUUCAACUGAUGAUAAUAAUGAUUGUUCAACUCCAUCAUCACCAUUACCAAAUCAACAACAACUUCUUUCAACAAUGUUACAAAAUCUUCAAUCAUCAUCACCAACAUCAACAUUUCCAUUUUUAUUAACAAAUAAAAAUGGUAAACCAACACGACCAUUUAAAGCAUAUCCACGUGAACCAUUAAUGUUACCACUUGGUUUUUGUUCUGCAACAACACCAUUAGAACAAACAAAUAUUAUUGCUGAAGCAGCAAGUCGUGCAACAUCAAAUCGUAAACGACUUGCUCAAACACACGAACGUCUUAAACAACGUUUACAACAACAACAUCAACAACAACAACA